AUCAGGUCAACAUUGUCAAUCAAGGUCAUCCAUCAUAGUUACUAGAAGUUACAUUGUACUGUAUAGCAUAACGAUGUCAGACAGCUGAAUGUUAAAUGGAAUCAACAGACAUUAAUAUUGUCAGCAACUAUGCAAUUCAGGUCGAAGAAGCAAAACAUGUCUGUGAUGUUCCACCACUUUUAAUACAAUGUCAAAAAGUUAUUAUAGAUAAUAUCACCAUAUCUAAAGCAGUUAGUUUGAUUUCAUUCGUAAAACAAUUUUCACUUGACAAACUGUCGGAUGCGGUAUUAGAAUGCAUAUCAAAAAACUUCCAGUUUGCAGUUGAAAAUGGAUUGUUUCAUGAGUUAUCACACAAUGACUUUAAAUAUUUGUUAAAUCAUGAAAAACUGACUGUUUUCAAACAUGGAAUACCUAUUGAAAAUUAUGAAGCAUGUAUAUUUGCUUCGUUAGGGAAAUAUUUAUCUGCUAAUAAUGUGGGAAAUGAACAAUUAGUGGAGGACUUAUUACGCGUUAUCCGUCUUUCUGAUAUACCUUCAGAUACGUUAGAAAGUAUAACAAAUGAAUAUACGGUCUUUCAUGCUUUUAAGGCACGCAUAUGCACAACACAACGAACGAAAACACCGCUUAGUAGAAAGUAUUCCAAAUCCGAAAGAACUAUAGUUCCCUAUCAAGAGUAUGCUUCCAUUCCAAAAAUGUAUUUGGAAAAAUAUAGAUUUGGAAUUGUCAAUUGUUUUAAUGAUUCAGAGCACUUGAUUGAGAUAGAUGACCGACCUAUUACAAUUGGAGUAUGGAUCGUAAAAUGGGAUGGUAUUGAUCUUUUAGGUGGAUUACAUAUUCAUUACAAAAGUGGUAAACGUCUAGUUCAUGGCACAAAACCUGCAAGACAUGAUCUUGUAAACGAACACGAAUUCACUCUUUACGAGGAUGAAGUUGUGACUAAGAUACUAACAUGGCAUGGUAUGUUUAUUGACAGUAUUACUUUCUUUACAAAUAUGGGCCGUAAAUUGGGCCCGUACGGUGGAAGUGGAGGUCACAGAAGCGAUUGGGAUAUACCACCCGGCAACCAUGGCUAUUUCCAUUCGUUUAAGGGCAAGGAAGUUAAACAUAGGUAUGCUAAUUCUGUAGCAUAUUUACAGUUUAACUGGGUUGCUUACGGAAAAGAUGGUUAUAAAGAAAUUUUGCCCACCGAUGAUAUGUUUAGUUGUGAGAGAACACAUGGGUUUAACGAAAUUGAUAGAAUAAAUGAUAUAGAUUAAAACAAACAAUAACAAUUUACUCCCGGCUUCAUCUAGUGAAUUAGCAGUUUUGAUUACCUUCCGUUGAAAAUUGUUUUUUUUUAAUUUAUUUCUUGCUUCUCUAGUUGUUAACUUUUUACAUGUGUGUUGAUAUUCAACAUUAAAGUAAACACUGCACAAGACUACACAAUGCGAUACCGAUUAUCAUCAAAUGAGAAGAGCAAAUACAUAUGUUGUACAUGUAUAUUGAUAGAAGAAUGGAUGGAUGUUUUGAAGGUCCGAUUGCAUAAUAAGGAAUUGAACAUACAAUUGCGAUCUGUAUAUAAAUGCUGCUUUGUCCUAAAGCACUCAUUCGUUUAACUACAAAAAGACAAGUCAUGUUAUGCUAUUACUGCUCAACGAAGAAAACAAUAAAGUAUGACUCCGACCCCUCCCCGAAUACGAAUUAUAAUAUAAAUGACGAAAAUACGUACACAAUGUCAAAAUACGAAAAUAUUUCGACACAUGAAACAUUUUGUUUGAUAUUUGGUUUUUACAAAAUGUUAUUUGUAUGAAUUUUAUA